AUGAAAGAUUUUCCAACACAUUAUGGUUUGCUUGUCCUACGGUUACAUAUUGAAACGAGAUUUGGUCGAAUUGACGAAUCGCUGGACACAUGCACACAUCUGUUGGAUUUCUGGCGCAAGAGAGAUUGCUAUAUAGAAGAUGAGCGAGUACAAUCAACACUGAGUGCAACAGAUGGCCAAAGUAUGCUGAAGGAUGCUGCAAGUUUGAAAGCGGGGACACCUUCGGUUGGACGAGAGUUGUCCUCAUCAACGCCAAUUUUUGCUACUCCAUUAGGAAUAGGUAUAUCAAACCAGAUGCUAAACCAAAAUGCUGCCAGCAGUCAAUCAGGGCUUGACAUUGCAGUUUCUGUAGUCGACAGCGGUGUGCCGGGUUCUGAGGCUGGUGGUCAUUCGACAUCCAGCGAAAGUGGUGGAGCUGCCAGUACUGGUGCCGCUUGGUCUCGAUUUAGAGCUCAGGCGAAUAUGUGGAUGGCUCUGGCUGAGCUGUUUCUAGCCGAAGGACGGUUGAACGAUGUUGGACCUUGUGUGGAACAAGCCGUGGUUCUUUUUCCUCAUGCUCAUCAGGCUCUAUACUUGAAAGUGGGUUAAAU